CCCGGCGGGGGGGUGACUGAGCUGGCCCGCUGCUCCGUGGUGAGCCACCACGAGGACGUCCUGUACGACAAAUACAUCCAGCCCGAGAGGCUCAUCAUGCAGUAUCACACCUGUUGGAGCGGCAUCACCCCAUGGCACAUGCGGGGUGCCACCCCUUACCAGGAGGCCCGGAAAGAGACUCUGAAGCUGCUGAGGGUUAAAGUGGUGGUGGGCCAUGCCCUGCACAACGAUUUCUGGGUCCUUAAGUACUUCCACCCCCCCCACCACAUGCGAGACACCAAUAAUAGCCCUCUCGUGGUCUGCUGGGCCGGCUUCCCCACCCAGGGCCGGCCCUCCCUGAAGAACCUGUCCCUCCACCUGCUGAACAAGAAGAUCCAGAUGGGCAAGCACGGCCAUUCGUUGGUGGAGGAUGCCACGACAGCCAUGGUGCUGUACCGACUGGUGCAGGAGUGGGAGUGGGACCUGGCCGCCAGCUCCCUGGUGGCCCUGGAAGAGGGUGACCUGGACCCUGAGCACUACCUGGAGGACCAGUACUGGCUGGUGGACCUCAACGAGAGCUACAAAUUGUAG